AUGACGCUGUCACCGUUGGCCAACCUCAAGGUUCUAGAGCUUGCAGGAGCGGCGACGUCGCCUUUUGCCGGGCUUGUCCUGGCCGACCACGGCGCUGAUGUUGUUCGAGUGGAUCGCCCAUCCACAGUAUUCGGACCACAGGACACACUUUGUCGAGGGAAGCGCUCGAUCGUUGUUGAUUUGAAAUCAGACCCAUCCCGGAAAGCAUUCGUCCGAUUGGCGGAUGUGGCAGACAUCAUCAUUGAUCCAUACCGACCCGGUGUAAUGGAUCGGUUAGGAGCCGGUCCGAAAGUACUUUGCGAAAGAAACCCACAGUUGAUAUAUGCACACCUAUAUGGUUUCAGACCGGAUCGCAGUAGUAUCUAUGCCAAACGAGCCGGCCACGACAUAAACUACCUUGCAGUAUCCGGUGUGCUGUCACUUCUGGGGAGGAAAGAUGAGAUCCCUGCUCCUCCAGCGAAUAUCCUAGCGGACUUCGCCGGUGGAGGGCUUGUCUGUGUUGUCGGAAUACUUCUCGCAGUGAUUCACAGAUCUCUCACUGGGCGAGGUCAAAUUGUGUCGGCGAACAUGGUGGAUGGCACAUCUUAUCUAGCAACAUUCGCCAGGCAGCAACUGUGCACCCCAAAUUGGAACCAGCCCCGUGGGGAAAACUUGCUUGAUGGAGGCGCACCAUUUUACGAAGUCUACGAAACGCUUGAUGGGAGGUAUAUGGCGGUGGGAUCUCAGGAACCCAAGUUUUACAAGAUCCUUCUGGAUGGUCUCGAGCUCAACUCGGCAGAGCUUCCAGAACAAUGGGAUCGAACAGGUUGGCCAACAAUGAAGCAAAUCUUUCGAGACAGAUUCAAAGGGAGAACCCAGGCGGCAUGGCGAGAGAUAUUUGAUCAUAGUGACUCUUGUGUGACCCCCGUUCUACCCAUGUCCGAGAUUGAGACGCCACUGCAGCCACUCGUUGUUAUGUCGAAAUUUUCCAAUCCACAGGUCAGGAGCCAGGAGGAGUUUCCCCUGCUACAGAAAGGCAGCGGCGCAGAAAAAGUCCUGGUUGAUUGGCUAGGGACUAGUGCGGACAAAUAUAUGCGCAUUGAUGAAAAGUCCAGAAUACUUUCCUGCCCCUUGAAUUCGAAGAUAUAA